CCGGCAAGGAUAUCCAGCACGUGAUAUCCCGAAAUAUGGCCGACACCGCGUCAUCUCACAUCGGGAAUUCAACAUCACCGACAACGGGCAACUUGACAUGCAGGUGGAUUACAUUCCGUAAUAUAGACGUUCAUCGUGCACUCAGUUCCUUCCAAGCAUUGGCGUGUACAAGAUACAGGAGCAGCCAUUCCCCCAAAUCACUGAACGCGCUCUUACCAACUUCCUUUCCAACACCAUCUUCUGUUCCACGGACUGUCGGGUCUUGAGCAACACAACCCAGGAGCGAAUACUAUUGUAACCAUGAGAAUACGAAUUCGGGGCCCUGGCGGCGUUUCCACCGUCUCGCUCGACGGUGCGGCGACAGUAUCGGAUCUCAAGGCUUCAAUAACCGAAAAGACGGGCCUAAUGUCCUUCACGAUCAAGAGCGGAUACCCUCCGCAACCACUAGAACUUCCCCUCGAUGUCACCACGACGCUAAACAACAUCGGCAUCAAUUUGGACGGCGAGCAGCUUAUCAUCGCUGCUAUGGGUGGCAAUGUAUCGUCCCGCGAGCGACGGCCGGCGUCUCCCUCGAAGAACAAAUCGAAUACCCUCUCUCAACCCUCCCAACCCCUCGCGCUAGAACGGAAAACAAGAGACGUAUCCAAUGAUCCCCCUGAGCUUCCAUUCGACACCCACUCCGGUACCCUCGUCCUUCGGGUUAUGCCCGACGAUAACUCCUGCCUGUUCCGUGCCAUAGGUACAGCGGUCUUCGGAGUCAACCAGGAUGCCAUGGGCGACCUCCGAAACAUGGUUUCGGCUGGAAUACAAUCACAACCCGAGACAUAUAGCGAAGCCGUACUCCAACGGAGUCCCGAGGCGUAUUGCGACUGGAUUCAACAUCCGGAUUCCUGGGGCGGUGCGAUUGAGAUGGGGAUAUUGAGCCAGUCUCUUGGAAUCGAAAUCUGCAGCGUGAGCGUCCAAGAUCAGAGAAUUGAUCGAUUCAACGAAGGAGCACCCCGGAGGUGUGUCCUGGUAUACUCCGGGAUCCAUUACGACGUCAUUGCGCUCAACCCGAGCAGUCCUCCGUUCGAUAAAGCUGAUAUGCCGGCGGAGGUUGACAUCACGAUCUUCGAGGGGUAUGAUGAUGAAGUCCUGAUCCGCGCCCAAGAAUUAUGCCAAGUGCUUCAAAAGAGAGGGUACUUCACUGACACUGCCAAAUUCGAUAUCCAGUGCAAUGUAUGCAAAUGGAAAGGAAAUGGGGAGCAAGCAGCAACACAACAUGCUACGGAGACAGGUCACAUGAAUUUCGGAGAGACUUGAUGGGACGCUGGAUGACGUUCCCAUCACUGUUUUGGAUUGAUAUGGUGGAUAUCCAGGAAUUUACGACUUAUGGGAUUCGACGAUACCCUGUAUGA